CUUUGGAGAGAUCAGAUUUAUCAGUCAAUAGUUGCAGCUCCUGUACUUUAUUUCUAAGUGCACUUUAAAAUAUUUUACUAAUGGUUAAAAAUUAAACACAAAUCUAACAGCUGAUAUUCUAAAGAAUCCCAGCCAGAGGAAUUUGUCUACAAAGGGAGAUAAAAUUUCAUCAUGCGAAUGCUCCCAGUUUGCUUGGUUUUCUUCUCUCUCUUUUGUCUUUGUGGAUCAGAGAAUGCAGCACCUAAUGCUGAAGAAAACCAGUUUCAGCAGGUUGAACCUACCCAGCCAGCUGAGCAAGACACGUACCUCAUAGGAGAAUGCUUAAGCAACCAAUACACCCACAAGUCCUGUAAGAAAGUUUUUUGUCACCCAUGGGAACGAUGCGUGGAGGGAAAAUGCCUCUGUAAGCUUCCCUACCAGUGCCCAAAGAAUGGCUCUUCAGUUUGUUCUACCAAUGGAAAGAACUUCCAUACUUACUGUCAGCUAAAGAGCUAUGAGUGUCAACAACCCAAAGCAAAGUUUCUGCACAAGGGAAAAUGCAUGCCUGAAGAAACAUUUUCAGUCUCUCUGGUUCAUGGAAAUCUAAACUUGCUUCAAGUAAAGCCUGUUAAUCAAAAGGACAACAGUUUUGUAUGUGCUACUGAGUGGACUAUGAACGAAGCAAACGUGGCUUGCAAGCACCUUGGCUUUGAAUUAGGUGCUGAAUAUUACCAAGCCAUUUCCAGCAUCACAGAAUCUGCCUUAAAUUCAUUGCACUGUCUGCAAAUAACUUGCAGGGGCCUAGAGACAAGUCUUGCUGAAUGUCACACAGAGAUGAAAUCAAGAGAUAGUAAUGAGGGACUUGUUAGCCUCCAGUGCUAUGUAAAUCUCAGAGUUUGUUCAGAUGGUGAGUUUCAUUGUGUCAACAAGAAGUGCAUUUCUCUGAGUAAAACCUGUGAUGGAAUCAAUGACUGCGGAGACCUAAGUGAUGAAUUGUGCUGUAGAGAGUGCAGAGACAACAGUUUCCACUGUCGGUCAAAUAUCUGUAUUCCAAAUAAGAAUGUCUGCAACCAAGAAACUGAUUGCCUCACAGGAGAGGAUGAAGCUCGAGUUCGCUGUGCAGGUUUCCUUCUGAAAGACAAAGAAAAAGGGGCUGAAAAUAACAGCAUGGAUGAAGAAAGAAGAAUGAUAAAGACAUUUCUUCCCCAAGCACACUGUGGUGUUACAAAUCACACAUUAACUCGACGGAAAAGAAUCGUAGGUGGAGAGAUUGCAAAAAAGGGUGAAUUCCCCUGGCAAGUGGCAAUUAAAGACACCAGCAAUGAAGGUACAACAGUGUACUGUGGAGGGGUUUAUAUUGGUGGCUGUUGGGUUCUGACUGCUGCACACUGUGUCAGGGCAAAUCGAGUCCAUCUCUACCGUGUCUGGGUUGGAAUGUUGAAUACAAUACAGUAUGACAAAGAGACACAUACUUUUAGACUAAAACAACUGAUAAUUCAUGAAAAUUACAAUGCAUCAACUUAUGAAAAUGACAUUGCUCUGCUGGAGCUGAGUGGUUCUGGGAAUGGAGAAUGCUCCCCAGACCACAACAGCAUACCUGCCUGUAUCCCCUGGUCAGAGUAUAUGUUCAAGACUGGUGACAGAUGCAAGAUUUCUGGAUGGGGACUAGAGAAAGGUUAUACCAAACAAUUUAUCCUCAAGUGGGGAAAUGUUAAUAUAUUUCAGAAUUGUUCUGCAUUGUAUCCAGGACGAUUUUUUAAAAAAAUGGAAUGUGCAGGUACUUAUGAUGGCUCCACAGACAGCUGCAAAGGUGAUUCAGGAGGACCCUUGGUCUGUUAUGAUGCAGAAAAUGUGGCAUAUGUCUGGGGUAUUGUGAGUUGGGGUGAGAACUGUGGGGAGGCUGGUCACCCUGGCGUGUACACAAAGGUUGCCAGCUAUUAUGACUGGAUUAGCCACCAUGUGACACGGAGUCUCAUUGCACGGUACAAUAUCUGAGCUUAUAUUCAAUACUUCCUUCAUAUCACCCAUGCAAAACCAAACACCAGCACUUUUUCACGAUCAGCAGUCAUGUAACUUAGCAACAAUUACUACAAAUCUUUAAAGAAUAUAUUUUGAAAAUUCUUUACAGUCUAUGAAUAGCAUAAUUUUGCAGAGCCCGUAGGAAGAGAAUUCUACAGACACAAGUCCACAGCAAAAGUCUCUAAUAAAGAAGGAUAUUAAAAUAU